AUGUCUGUAUAUCAGGGCGCUGUCCUUCCGGACGAAAUCCUUUCCCUGAUUUGUGAGGAGCUGGGGAUCGAGAGAGAAUUUGGCUCCCUCUACACCUGCGCCCUUAGUUCAAAGUCCUUCGCUGACCCCGCGCUGCGGACAAUGUAUCAACUACACCAACAUUCUCCAGCGUUCGAGCAGAGAGAUGACCUUGAAAUCCGGCAACGGCCAACUGACUUCGCCACCAAAUCCGCUGAACAGGCACAGUUCUACCGGAAAUGGACAGUAUUAUGGCGCUCGAUCACUCUCUCGAGCCUUGACGAUCACAUUACUUACAAGCCCUACUGUCGCUACAUCAAAACCCUGGAUUUCCGGAACUUGUCGCUGAUGUUGGAAGACCUGAAAUUCACAGGCCCUGUCCGAAAACAGUUCUUUGCUGGGAAACUCUCUCCCUUUCAUUUCCCCAAGACCGAAUACAAGAGGCAGGUGGUAGACGUCGGUGCUACCAUCAAUGCAAUCGGAGAUGCAGUCACUGCCAAGACGACCCUGCUGGAGGAGAUUGACGGCCCUAUCAGUCCCGGAUUCCUGACAAGGUGGAUAUCUCGCUCUCCAAAGCUGGAGACUAUGGUGCUUUGGAAAGGUGACGCUCUGGUCAACGGUGCUGGAGCCGCAAUUGCGGAGCAUUGCGACAACUUCCACAGCUUGACUUUACACGAAUGGGAGUCUCCGGACGCGGACGAGGCAUUUGCCACUUUUCUGAACGAGCUCAAACCGGAUACGCUGAGUUACUUUGAAAUAAUCAGCAAUAAUGACCUUGGAAAGAGGUCCUUCCAAGCCCUGGGCCGGCACAAAACGCUGCGACAAUUGGACCUGGGAAGUCUGAAUCAAGAUGCUGUGCGAAACCUAAAUGCGCUCAAAGACUGCACCGAGAUUCAGACACUGAAGCUUGAUGACAGGUACGGAAAUGUCCAGCUGGAAGCUCGAGACAACGACGUAUUCCUGGAAGUUGUCCAUUGGCUAAGCUCGUGCCAAAACCUCUGCGAUCUUAGCUUGAAGAGAUUCUUUGAUGGACCCGCCCUUCUCUCCCGAGUGUUGUGUUCUCCCAGCGUGAGGUUGACCCGGCUAUCCCUUGAAGGAUAUACCGUACGCCACACCAACUCUCAGUUGUUCCACAGUGCGUUGGCUGAGCAGAGAACCCUCGAAUCGGUAUGGCUCAAGGGGAAUGGUGAAGAUACUAUGCCCGAUGACCUACAAUUCAUGGUUGAGGGAUUGUGUAACUUGACCAAUUUGAGAGAGCUGGUCUUGAAAGAUGUCUCCGAUGAAUUCUCGGAAGAGCACAUCAUUUCUCUCGCUGUUAGCCUGCCACUUCUUGAAGACUUUUGGACAAGUGGUGGCGAAGUGUCGGCCGACAUUCUCCAGCCUCUUGCGAACCUCAAAUACUUGAAGAAUCUCACGUUAUACGCUCUGACUCGGUUUACCUUGGGCGCGAUCAUGGAGUUCUUGAUGAGCCUUGAUCCUGAGAAGCAGAAAGGGUUCAACCUAUCGCUGAUGGCCGUCGAUCCCGAUUAUGAUUUGACUGAGGAGACCCAGGAGAUGAUUCGCGAGUACAUGCGAGCAAACCUCGAUGGCAAAUUUGAUUUUGUCCUGUGGCGUGAGGCUGAUCCAAGUGACAGCGAGGAUGAUUAA